UUUAUUUUUUUUCCUUGCAAAACCCUAAUUUCAUAACUACUGAUUUUUUUAUUUUUUUUCUGUAAAAAAGGUUCGUCCUAGAGCUCAGAAUUUUUCUUUUUCUUCUAUGCAACAGCAUAGAGGUUAAACCAUAAAUUCAGGAAGUUACAGUAAAUAAUUCCAGCAGUAGGCCCCUGUUGUACUCUGAUUGAAUAUACAAAGCUGAUUCUGGGUUUUCAAGCUUUUUAGAGUUUCUGAAGUGGGGUUAUAUGUAAGAUUUUCUGAGUUCUUGAUAAAGGUUCGAUUUCCACGAAAAUUUCAAUUUGAAAGGUGUUUUGUGUAGUUGCUCUGAGCAUUUAGCUUAGAAAAGGUUAAAAUCUUUUCAUUAUUCUGGAGAUUAGGACUGAAGUUUACAGGUUUUUUGAAGGUUAAAGAUUUUUCGGGUCUUUGUUUAGUUAGCAUUUGCAUGGAGGAAAAAGAAGGUUCAAAUGUUACUGGGGUAACAGUAAAGAGAGAUGAAGCCCCACAGGGCUUCAGGAUUGAGCCAAGGGUUGAAAAUCAUAGACUAGAUGCUGGAUCAGCUGCUGGGCCAACACCAGAAACACAGGCAAUCGUGCCUGUGCCUGCACCGGCGCUCGCCACUGAGGUCAAGAAGAAGAGGGGGAGACCGAGGAAGUAUGCACCAGAUGGUUCGGCUUUGGCAUUGUCACCUAUGCCAAUAUCUGCUUCAAUUCCACUUACAGGAGAUUUUUUGGCUUGGAAACACAGAACUGGUCGCCCUGUUGACUCCUACAAGAAGAAGCAUAAGUCAGACUUCGAAAGACCUGCGGAAAAGGCGGAAUACUCUGGUGGUGCAAGUUUUAUGCCCCAUGUGAUCACUGUUAAUGCUGGCGAGGAUGUUACAAUGAAAAUUAUAUCUUUCCCUCAGCAAGGGUCAAGAUGUAUUUGUGUUCUAGCAGCAAAUGGUCCCAUCUCAAAUGUUACACUUCAGCAACCCAAUUUUUCUGGCUGUACUUUGACCUAUGAGGGCCGCUUUGAAAUACUUUCUCUGAUGGGGUCAUUUAUGCCAAGUGAUAACAGAUUGACAAAAAGCAGAUCUGGUGGGAUGAGUGUUUCUCUGGCAGGACCAGAUGGUCGUGUUUUGGGGGGAGGCCUUGGCGGAAUGCUACUAGCAGCUGGCCCUGUUCAGGUUGUCAUUGCUAGCUUUCUUCCCAGCCACCAUCAGGAGUCGAAGCCCAAAAAGCAGAAGUAUGAGCGGACAAUAUCUUUUACCCCGAGUCCUGCAAAUCCUUUUUCUGAAGAAAGAUGUGAAGGAGCCUCCGGUGGACAGAAGCCAAAUUUGAACUCAUCUGCUUCCUUCCGUGGAGAUAACUUAACUUCUGCAAACUCCAUCCAAGGUUCGAAAAUCGCUGCCCUUGAAAGUAAUGUCUCAUUGUCGGCAGAAGAUUCUAGAGAGCAACGCCAUGAAAUUACUAGCUGAUUUAGUUGCUCAUAUUCAUCCUGUUUGUAUCUUAGCUGUUUUUAGGAGGUGUGAAACUUUUAGGCCUACUUCUUUCUGACCCCGGUUAGAAGUUGACAUCUGCACAUUAUCGUUGAAAACUAAAGUAUGAUUUUUCAGUUCGACUGAAGUUUUUUCUUUCGAAAGAUAGUAGGUUUUGUCUUUACUAGUAUGAGCGUCAUGUAGUUUGCAUCUUUUUUUGCUCUGAUGUUCUGUAACUUGAUGUAGAAUUUCGGAUAUUUGAACUAGAUAUAUCAUUCUUAGUUGUAGUA